UUUGGUGCACUCAACAUCAACCGUGUUCGUCUGACGAAGUAUAUAUAUGAACGCCUGCAAGCAGCAAAUGAUCCCGCCUGUAUCCUUCGCGAGUCGUGAUCAACGGUUCCUUGCGGGCUGAGCUGAUAGUAGCCAUUAGGAUUGACCAAUUUUGUCCCGCUCGAAAACUACUGAUCGUAGGCUUUUACACGAUGGCUGCGCUUGCAGAAAGUAUGAACUCAGCCUCCCCCGUCCUCAGCGACGAGAAGAGUGGCUCUGAGUCACGCAAGACGAGCAUUGAAGUAGGCAAGCAUGUGGAGAGGAACAUCGAAGAGGAUCCGCAGGCCGACCGCAAUAUCUACUCUGAAAGCGUGGACGAGGUGCCGCAGGGACGGCAGAUUGGCGUUAUCUCGGCCACGUUCCUAAUAAUCAACCGAAUCGUCGGCACGGGAGCCUUCGCAACGACCAGCACCAUUCUCGCGCAGUCUGGCAGCGUGGGCAUGUCCUUGGUAUAUUGGGUCGUUGGUGCGAUCAUUGCUGGUGCAGGUUUUGCAGUAUACGCCGAAUUCGCAACUGCAAUACCGCGUAAUG